ACUUCCCAUAACAUUUCACUAGCAAGUAGAGCCAUGACAGUGUGCUAACAACAAAGUGAAAGGCAAAUACAUGCAAUCCAGCCUCUGAAGUCAUAUAAUCUGCUGUGAAAAAACAGAAAAAAAUGGGAAAAGGAAAAAGCGAUGAUCCCAAAGAUGUGAAAAGAAAAGAAAAGGCCAAGAUGCAACUCAAAAGAAAUAUAGGUUAUUUUGAUGGGGUAAGUUUUAUUAUAGGAUCAAUUGUUGGGGCAGGGAUCUUUGUGUCUCCCAUGGGGGUGUUAAAGCAUUCCUUACUCAACGUCGGUGUCGCACUAACGAUCUGGACUGCGUCUGGGCUGGUUUCUCUGAUGGGUGCCCUCUGCUAUGCGGAGCUGGGAACCGCCCUGCCCUUCUCUGGAGGAGAAUACAGCCAUAUUAAAAGAGGCCUUGGAUCCCUACCCGCCUUCAUGUUUAUCUGGACGUCAACGUUUACCAAGCCAGCAUCAAAUGCUGCUCGAGCCUUGCUGUUUGCUGAAUAUGCCACCCAGCCCUUCUACGGCAUUUGCCCGGCACCAGAAGUGCUGAAGAAAUGCUUGGCCUUGGCCACUCUCUGGUCCCUGGGGAUUUUGAAUGGCCGCAGUGUCAAAAUGGCUGCGUGGGUGCAGACAGUUUUCACUCUCCUGAAGAUGAUGGCCUUGUCUGUAAUCGCUGUCGGUGGCAUAGUUCUCCUCGUUGGCGGGAGAAAGGAGAGUCUGGCCAGGUUUGAGGACGCGUUCAGCUCAGAGAUCCCCAACGCGUCACAGGUUGCCGAAGCCUUCUUCCAGGGACUGUACGCGUACGGUGGCUGGUGGUCCCUCAAUUAUAUGGCAGAAGAGCUCAAAAACCCUAGCAGAAAUAUCCCCUUAACUGUGAUGACUGCUGUUCCUGCAGUAAUUGUUUUUUAUUUGCUGGUGAACAUCUCAUAUCUGACUGUCCUGACACCUAAGGAAAUUGUCUCUUCAGUUGCUGUGGCAGUCACGUGGGCUGAUCGAGUGAUCCCCUCUGUUGCCUGGAUCAUUCCUCUCUCUGUUGCUAUCUCAAUAUUUGGUGCCCUCAACAGCAGCAUGUUCACUCUAGGUCGAUUAAGCUAUGCUGGAAGUCAAUCAGGACAUUUACCUGUUUUAAUAUCCAUGCUUAAUGUCCACUCCUGUACUCCAGCACCAGCCAUGAUUUUUUCAACCACCAUUGCAUCCAUUUUUAUCAUCCCCUCUGACCUUAUUACGUUAACAAAUUACUUCGGAUUUUCUGCCUGGCUUAUGAUUGGAUUGACUUGUGCAAGCCUGAUUGUACUUCGAUACCGUGAACCUCAUCUACAUCGGCCAUAUAAAGUGUUUCUACCAGUUCCAUUUGUGAUGGUGGCAAUGUCUUUCUUCUUAGUUCUAGCUCCCAUAGUCUGGUCUCCAAACCUGCAAUAUGUUUAUGCUUUUCUGUUUAUACUGGGAAGUCUUAUUGUUUAUCUGCCUUUUAUACAUUUUAAAUUGCAUUUUGCAUUUCUUGAUAAAAUUACUUGCCACUUACAACUGCUGUUGGAAGUCUCUCCUGCUGAUGUAUCUGCUGAGGGCAAAUGUGAAUAAUGGCAAAUAUUUAUCCCAGUACAACUAACAGCCAACAGAGAAUUUUUUUUUAAGAUACAAGUUAGAUGUUAGAUGUGACAUAUAG